AUGAGACUGCAGCUGAGCGCCUCCAGCAGCAUGUGGUGUCUGCUUGCCUUCUUCCUGCUGACAGCUGCAGGGGGCGGCGGCCAGGAGACUGCAGACGAGGAGUGUGCGCCUUACUCCCAGCCAUGGCAGGUGGCCCUGUUCGAGCGUGGACGCUUUAACUGCGGGGCUUCCCUCAUCUCUCCACGCUGGGUGCUGACCGCCGCCCACUGCCAGACCCGCUUCAUGCGGGCACGCCUGGGCGAGCACAACCUGCGCAAGCGCGAUGGCCCCGAGCAGCUGAUCGCCGUGUCUCGCCUCAUCCCGCAUCCGGGCUACGAAUCGCGCAGCCAUCUCCACGACAUCAUGUUGGUGCGUCUGGCCCGCCCAGCACGCCUGAGCCGCCAAGUGCGCCCCGUGGCGCUGCCCACGCAUUGCCCGCACCAAGGCGAACCUUGCGUGGUGUCCGGGUGGGGCCUGGUGUCCAACAGUAAGCCUGACACCCCGGGGAGCUCCCACUCACAAGUGAACCCUCCGGACACGCUGCACUGCGCCAACAUCAGCAUCAUCUCGGAUGCAUCUUGCAACAAGGACUACCCCGGGCGACUGACGGACACCAUGGUGUGCGCGGGAGUGGAUGGCGGAGGCACCGACUCCUGUGAGGGUGACUCCGGGGGCCCUCUGAUCUGCCGUGGAGCUUUACAGGGCAUCGUGUCCUGGGGGGACGUCCCUUGUGACACAACCACCAAGCCUGGCGUCUACACCAAAGUCUGCCGCUACAUCGGGUGGAUCCAGGAGACGAUGAGGAUCAACUGAUCCACCGACUUGGCUGUCCCAGGCCCCCUGACCGAGCAGAGGCCUCCCCCUGCCCCCGCCGCCCUCCACGACUGGCUGGGAGCACCCCACCUCGCAGUCUGGGGCAGAAUUGGGCCACCACCACCCCAAACCCAUGACUUGUGCUCCCGCUCCUAAAGCCAAUGCUGGUCGCCAUGCCACC